AUGCCCCAGUGUGCCGCCCCAGAAGGCGUUACAUUAAAAUCCAGCGUUUUCAGGGGCGAGGCAGAAUCGUCGGGUCUCAUACAGCGGACGAAUUUUAUUCCGUCUUUCGGAGAUACUUUGGAGACCCUUGAUGGGCAGACAGAUUGCUGGGCACGUUUUGAGUGCUUGUUUGUGUUAGGACUGAGCAUCCGAGGAGCUGUGCAAGCCUUCAAAGGAGAGCAGGAAGCUCGGAGAGACACUGCCAGAAAACGUGACAAGAGCAGGGUAAGGGAAUCUUCUUCCAACCCUCCUGUUGGGGGCAGGAGCCUUGGGGAAGAGGGGGAAGUUUCCGAUACCAGCCAACUCGACGAGAAGAUCCUCGGAGUUGAGGCUGGUCUGUCGGCCUUGAACAGGCGACUUACAGUUUUCGAAAACAACUUCACUACCCUCGAAACAGUCGCUAUUGAAGGCUUCGAUGAAGUGAAGAGUAACUUUGAAGAGCUUGAGGAGGUUAACAAGGAAGGACUGACCAACCUCGAACUCAAGCUCACCGAAGCCCUCUCCUCUCUUCACCGAGAGUUUGAGACUUUGAAGAGGCGGGUUGAUGAGACUGCCACUGCGGGAGUUGCUGGUCCCGUCACUGUCCGUGAGACACGGAUUGAAGCUCCUAAGCCAAAGGAGUUUCGUGGUGAAAGGAAUGCCCAAGAUGUCGAGAACUUCUUGUGGCAAAUGGAUGCUUACUUUGAGCACGUUUGCAUGGCCAGUGAAGCUGCCAAGAUUCGGACAGCAGCUAUGUACUUGAGCAACACCGCCAUGCUGUGGUGGCGGAGGAAAAAGGCAGACAUGGAGAGAGGGGUUUGUUCCAUCGACGAUUGGGAGCAAUUCAAAGGGGAGUUGAAGCGACAGUUCUACCCUCAAAACGUAGUGCAUGAGGCUCGUCGGAAGCUGAGGGAACUGAAGCAAACAUCCUCCAUUCGAGACUACGUGAAGGAGUUCACUAGACUCACUCUCCAAAUUUCGAGUUUGACAAGUGAAGACUUGCUGUUUUAUUUCUUGGACGGCCUCCAAAACUGGGCCAAACAAGAGCUCCAAAGACGACAAGUUCGUGAUGUCGACGAGGCGAUCGUAGUGGCAGAAUCACUCACUGACUUUCGGGCAGAAGCAGCGAAGGGGAGGGACAAUCGGAACAAAAAUGUUCCUCCCAAAGGGGAUAGCAGUCGGACCAAGAACAGGCCAGUUCCCAACCGAGGCAGCGACACAAGAGUUGCUGCUCAAAAACAGCAAGAACAGGCUGCAUCGCAAACUGGAGGUCCAUCCAGUGAACAAGGCGGACAGGCUAGCGGGGCUGAAAAGAAUAAGAAUGUUGCUGUUGGGAUGUUUAAUCAUAUGGCUUUAUUUAAUCAGAUGACUCUUUCUGCGUUAACUGCUCAGCCGGCUAGUAUAAGGCCGCGCGAAUCGUUGUUUGUCAAUGCCAAGUUGAAUGGCAAAGACGUUAGAAUUAUGGUAGACACCGGUGCAACUCACAAUUUUGUAACAAAGGAAAGGGCCACUGACCUUUGUUUGAAUUAUGUUGCUAGUGAUACGAUGCUGAAAACAGUCAAUGCCCUCCCCACAACUGUCCACGGAUUCGCUCCUAAAGUCCCCAUCGAUUUAGGAGGGUGGAAGGGGCUGACAGAUUUCACCAUCGCGCCCAUGGAUGUUUUUGACAUCAUCUUGGGGCUGGAUUUUUGGUAUGAAGUGAACGCGUUUAUUUCGCCGCGUCUCAGCCAAUUGCACAUCAGUGAUGCCGGAGGUUCUUGCGUGGUGCCCCUUAUUCGGGUGCCACAAAGCAGAGUGCACUUGUCCGCCAUGCAGCUUAUUAAAGGCUUCAAGAGAGGGGAACCAACCUUCCUUGCUGCCCUUGUUGGAGGCGUCGGAGACUCGAUUGGGGCAGCAGCCUUGCCUCACUGCGUCGAGCAAGUCCUUUACAAUAAUAGGGACGUGAUGCCGGAGGAACUUCCCCAACGGUUGCCACCGCGAAGGGAAGUUGAUCAUCAGAUUGAACUGAUUCCCGGGGCAAAGCCACCUGCCAUGACGCCUUAUCGUAUGGCGCCCCCAGAACUGGAAGAACUGAGGAAGCAGCUCAAGGAGUUGCUGGAAGCUGGACACAUCAGGCCUUCCAAGGCGCCAUUUGGUGCGCCUGUUCUGUUCCAAAAGAAAAAGGAAGGGACUUUGCGCUUGUGUAUUGAUUAUCGGGCCCUCAACAAGGUCACGGUGAAAAACAAGUACCCUAUUCCGUUGAUCGCAGAUUUAUUUGAUCGAUUGGGGCAGGCUAAGGUGUUCACAAAAAUGGACUUGAGGAAGGGUUACUACCAAGUCCGAAUUGCUGAAGGUGAUGAGCCAAAGACGACUUGCGUCACUCGUUAUGGUGCCUUCGAGUGGCUGGUUAUGCCGUUCGGCUUGACGAACGCUCCAGCUACGUUUUGUACAUUAAUGAACAAGCUGUUCCAUCCCUUUUUGGAUCAGUUUGUGGUCAUCUAUUUAGACGACAUUGUCGUCUAUAGCAACAGCUUAGAUGAGCAUGUUGAGCACUUGUGCAAAGUGUUCAAGGUAUUGCGUGACAACGAUUUGUGUGUGAAGCGGGAAAAAUGCAGCUUUGCCCAGGCCACUGUCUAG